AUGGACAUCGUCCUCGAAAUCGUCGACACUCUCGUCUUGGAUCGCGUCUAUGCGACAUUGCUUCCCGCAAGUCCAUCCUCAUACGUCUCACAAAAGAGUAACAAUGCGACCUCAACGGCCCAGUACACAUACAUUUAUGAGCCUGCUUCCCAAUUCAUCAGUUUGGAACCUACACAUUGGACUUAUAGUAGCUCAUGGCCUCGCGACAACAUAUACCGACAAGCCAUUAGCCUGUUCGCCAUAGUGUGGUUCUUUGGGCUGAUUCUUUAUUUCGUUUGCUCCUCGCUCUCCUACUUCUUCGUUUUCGAUAAGAAUAACUUUGAUCACCCGAAAUAUCUCAAAAAUCAAGUUCGCAUGGAGAUCAUCCAAGCAAGCAAAGCAAUGCCAGGCAUGGCAGUCCUGACCGCUGCCUGCAUGUUGGGGGAAGUGCGCGGGUACGCCAAAUUAUACGACACCCUCUCGGAAGCACCGUUCCCGCUGUACAAUCUCCUCCAGUUCCCUUUCUUUAUCCUCUUCACCGAUUUCCUCAUCUACUGGAUUCACCGUGGCUUACACCAUCCUCUUGUUUACAAGAAAUUGCACAAACCACAUCACAAAUGGAUCAUGCCUACCCCAUAUGCCUCGCAUGCUUUCCACCCUCUUGAUGGCUUUGCUCAAUCUAUCCCCUACCAUCUUUUCCCUUUCCUCUUUCCCCUCCAAAAAUUCGCGUACAUCGCGCUCUUUGUAUUCAUCAACGUCUGGACCAUCUUCAUCCAUGACGGCGAAUACUACUCGAACUCGCCCGUCAUCAAUGGCGCCGCCUGCCAUACCAUGCACCAUUUGUACUUCAACUACAAUUAUGGCCAAUUCACCACACUGUGGGAUAGACUAGGCGGGAGCUAUCGCAAACCAAAUGAUGAACUUUUCCGUAAGGAGACCAAGAUGGGCAAAGAAGAAUGGGAGAGGCAGAAGAGGGAAAUGGAGAAGAUUGUCAAGGAGGUCGAGGGUGAUGAUGAUCGGGGGUACCUCGCUGAUGGUGUCGCUGAGACUAAGAAGGUCCAGUGA